GUUAGGUUUUGUGGCCUGGCUUCACACUCGUCCGCUGCUGCAGUCCUCGGAGUCCUACCCUUCACUCAGCCUUCUCCCCUUGGGCGGUCCCCUGCUUCCAUUUCCCCACCGUAGGCUACCUGUCCCAGUAUUUCUUCCCCGCCAAGUUGUCUUUUUUCCCUGCUGCGCCAAGGGUCUCAGCCUUGGCCCCAUGGCGCUGCAGGCGCUGCAGAGCUCGGGGGUGACCUUCCGCAAGAUCCUGUCUCACUUCCCUGAGGAGUUGAGCCUGGCUUUCGCCUACGGCUCCGGGGUGUAUCGCCAGGCGGGGCCAAAUUCAGACCAGAAGAAUGCCAUGAUGGACUUUGUGUUCACAGUUGAUGACCCUGUUGGAUGGCAUUCAAAGAACCUUAAGAAAAAUAGGAGCCACUACUCUUUACUAAAAUUUUUGGGGCCCGGGAUUAUCACAUCCAUCCAGAAUAACUAUGGUGCUGGUGUUUACUACAAUUCACUGGUCAUGUGUGAUGGUAGGCUUAUCAAAUAUGGGGUUAUUAGCACCAGUAUCCUGAUUGAAGAUCUCCUCAACUGGAAUAACUUGUAUGUUGCUGGACGACUCCAAAAACCGGUGAAAAUUGUAGUGAUGAAUGAGAACGUGUCUCUCAGAGCAGCCCUGGAUAAGAAUCUGAGAAGCGCUGUGACUGCUGCCUUCCUCAUGCUUCCUGAGAGCUUCUCUGAAGAAGACCUCUUCGUAGAGAUCGCUGGGCUCUCCUACUCAGGCGAUUUUCGCAUGGUUGUUGGAGAGGAUAAGACAAAAGUGUUGAAUAUCGUGAAGCCCAACAUAGCCCACUUCCGCGAGCUCUAUGGCAGCAUACUGCAGGAGAAUCCCCAAGUGGUGUAUAAAACCCAGCAAGGCCGACUGGAGAUAGAUAAAAGCCCAGAAGGACAAUUUACUCAGCUGAUGACAUUGCCAAAAACCUUACAGCAACAGAUAAAUCAUAUCAUGGACCCUCCUGGGAAAAACAGAGAUGUGGAAGAAACUCUGUUCCAAGUUGCUCACGACCCCGAAUGUGGAGAUGUGGUGCGACUAGGGCUUUCAGCAAUCGUGAGGCGUUCUAGUAUAAGACAGAGCACCAAAGGCAUCUUUACUGCUGGCAUAAAGAAGUCAGUGAUUUAUAGUUCACUAAAACUGCACAAAAUGUGGAAAGGGUGGCUGAGGAAAACACCCUGACUUUGCUACUUUUAUAUAUGUUAUGUACAGAUGAAUAAAGUGUUUGGCGUUUUGACAG